GUCUGCUUGAGUAUUUGAUUCAUGAUUUGAGCAUUUGAUUGACGGUUUGAGCAUUUGAUUUAUGAUUUGAGCAUUGAAUUAUAGAAUUAAUUUCGAUAGGUUUAUACUGGGUUGAUAAUGAAAAAUAUAUAGCCUAUCAAAUGCAAAGGAUUUUUAAUUAGAUUUUUGAUACAGUUCAUGCUUCCACGAAUGAGAAAUGAAAUUUCUUUUGAGCAUUUGGUUUCUCAUUUGAGCAGUUGUUUUGAGAGUUUGAUUUAUUAUUUGAUAUUUAUGCGUUUGAAUUUUCAUUUGAAUUUUGCUAGGAAAAAAACCUUCCAUAGAAAAUAUAACUUUGAUAGGAAAUUGUAUAUGUCGAGUGUGUAUGGUCGCAAUGAUGGAUAUCAAUAAUAUCUUCACAUUAGCAGAGCCUCCUCAGUGUUGAUUGGAUGGAUGAUCGGCACGCUCACAUCAGAGCCUCUCAACGGCUCUGGCUCUGGCUCACAUAAACCGUCAAUCUGCUGGUCGUCAUGGAAACAAAUAGGCGCGUAAAGUGCUAUGUGUUGGCUGAAGUCUCUGAGCGCGGCAGAUCUGUGAGGGGAUUUAUAAACGCUCGUUGAAUCUCAUCGCCCUAGACAACCGUGAAAAUAGUUUACGUCGUGCUCUCCAAUUUACAGCAUCACCACAUCUUUAAGCUGACAGUAUGUAAACGGAGAAAACACCCGCUUGUGUAAUUGAUCCAGUAUUGCCAGUGGACUAUUAUUGACUUUGUUACUGUUUGAUUAACCAUGUCCACACAAGAGACAGAAUUACCCGACAGUCAGGAGAGGGUGGGUUUGAAAAGAAAACUGACGGGUCCCCCGAGACUUUUGCUCGGGAAGUCAAAAUCAAGGGAGAAACUGGAAGGUAAAUCUCAGAGAAGGCAAAGACAAGCUAAAAGUUGCGAUGGCACAGCAGAGAAUAAUUAUCAAGAAAAUGAUGGAAAUGAAUCCUCACUUAUUACCCACCACAGCCCUCAAAACCCCCCAGAGGAGAUGGAAACCCAGCCAGGUGCUCCAGGAGAUACCACAGGAAUUCUUGUAACAUUGGAGCAGAGUGAAAGCAAAGAUGAAAAUAUGGAAACUAAAACAAAAAUAACCAGAAGCACUUCAAAAUCAUCCAUUAAAAGGAUGUUUUCCUCAUUCCUCAGAUGUGGAAAGAGGAAGGAAUCAGAAAACGAGACUUUGAAUCCUCAAAAAACAAGGAAAAACAGAAACAAAGCUCAACACAAUAUGUGUAACUCCAUGGAUGAGAAUAAACUGAGUGAUGCAAACAAAGAAGUUCCUAGUGGGAAAAGUAAAACUAGGGCUUUCUUCUCAGUGUGGGCAAUUUCUAAGAGAUCUACCACAUCCAAUGUCAAUCUAGGAAGGGGAUGUAGAGAGCAAGACAAUAGCAUGGUUUUUCAGGAGAUAACGGCACCAAAAGUUUUGACAUUUAAAAAGAUCUACCAAAUCUUUCCAAGAAGGAAGAAAACACCUCCGAUUGAUCAGUUUGAGUGUAAUGCUUCCAGUGCAUCACAAACAGAAGUAGCUGAUCAACUGAAUCAAUCACCUGCAGCUGCUUUGGACAUUUCCAGUAUCACAAAAGAAGAGAACCGAAAGGAAGAAAAAGACAUAAAAGCAAAAAGCGUUCCAGAGACAUUUACGUUCAGUGCAGAAGUGAGCGUUAACAAAAACAUUGAUGCUGAACACAUGGAUGUGAAGGAAAUACGUCCUGACCAAGAUGUUAGUUUGAAUGAAGAAGAAAAGCAGGUGUUAAAAUCUAGUGUUUUGGAUUCUGAGGUUCUUCCAUUGUGUUGUAGUGGCCGUAAUUUCAACUCUGAGUUUCCAGGCACAUCAUCAGUUGGUGAACUGCUAGUCUUAAUUGAGAAGCCUAUUAAAACUUGUGUCAAAUGCAGGCCAGUGAUUACUAUAGAGCAUGCAUACUCAUCAGAGGAAGAGAACAUGAAUGAGGCACCAUAUUUUGACGGUCUUACCAUAAAUGGGUCCUGGCAACAUUUAAGAAUAAACAGCCUAACAAACAACACACUACAUCCUUCUGAAGUAAAUGUGUCUUCUGAACUGGACCACAGCCGGUGUAAUGAGCCCUUACUGAUUCAGACGGCAGUUUCUAUGGUGCAAGCGGCCAUUCGUGGUGCUGUGGAGCAACUCACAAUCGAGCAGCAGCAUAAUCAGAUAAAUUUGGACCAUGCGUAAACACACAUUCAAAUUCUUUAUUCAGCAAAUGGUUUCUGGAAGAUGGUAUAAAUAAAGCUGUGUAUAACAUGAAAAAAAGAGAAAAGGAAUUUCAUUUGAUUAAAUGUCAGAUGACAUUUCAGUCUGUUUAAACAUUGGAAAUGUUUGUAAUGAUAAUUGUAAUAAUUGAUGUCAGAUUGUGGAAAGUUUGUAAUUUUAUGUAAUUUCAAUGGUGUAAAUUUGUACUUGCAUGAUUAACCUCAUAUUGUCAUUAAUGUUACCUUCUAUUGUUCAUAUUUUUUUUAUACUGCAACAUUAUUUCCCAUAACACUGGAGUCUAGUUUCUAUAGCAAUGAAUAUCCCACACAUGACUCUGAGAAGGCACUGAGCCACAUGCUUAACUCCCUUCCAUUCCAUCAACAUUUAGGGCAACGUUUUUAUGAAAAUAAGUGGUCUGAGAACCAAGGUGUGUGCAUUGGAUGUUCUUUUCAUAUUUAAAUGAGGUCCUGACUGAAGCUUACAGCGAAAUUGUUAGAUGUUAAGUGACUGUAUACUAACUGUACAUAACAAGCUUGGGAGUAAUGCUUAAAGAUAAUGAUUACUCAAGAGUUGGCAGCAGAGAUAAUGUUUGCUUUUAUGACUACAUGCUACUCUCUUGUGGCAAUAAGAUGUUACUACAAGACGGUCAGUUACAGCAGUACCACAUUUUGUAUGACGACCCCCAGCCCUGCACAUUUUGUAUGUCCCCCUUCAUCUGUCACACCUGAUUCAACUCAUCAGCUCAAUAGUGGAGACUGCAAGACCUGAAGUGGGUGUGUCAGAUAUAGGGAUGCAUAUAAAUUGUGCAGUGCUGGGGGUACUUCGUGGAGAGGUUUAAGAACCACUGCGUUACAGGAUAGUUUAGCAAAAACGUAAAUUGUCAUCAUUUAUUCACCCCCAUGUUAUUACAAACCUUUAUAUCUUUAUUCCUUCUGCAAAACACAAAAAAAGGAUAAUCUAAAGAAUGUUACUGUCCAUACUCCAUACAAUGAAAGUCAGUGGGGACCAAAACAACAAUGAACCCCACUGACUUUCAUUGUAUAGACCAGAAAAAUUAAACAUUGUUUAAAAAUAAUGUUUUGCAUUCUAAGCUGUAUAAAAUCAUAUAGCAGGUUUGGAAUGACGUGAGGGUGAGUAAAUGAUGACACAAUUUUCAAUUGGGGUGAACAAUCCCCAGUCAGUGCCAAUGAAACCAAUGACAAGUGACUAAAGCAGAUGCAUUAUAAAACACAGUUUAUUCAAUGUGCCAUUUAUU